CCUCCUCCCCUCCCCCCCCCCGCCGUCUCUGGCGCGGAGCCGGGACGAUGCUGACCCCUUAGAUCCUGCUCCAGCUGCGCUGAGGGAAGAGGGGGCGCCCCUCCCCGGACCCCCGCCCUCCAUCGGGUGGCCCCUUUUUUUUCUCUUCCUCUCGGGGGCUGCUUCGCCGAAGGUAGCGCCUGUUCGGGCAACCGGAGCCUGGGCGCGAAGCGAAGAAGCCGGAACAAAGUGAGGGGAAGCCGGCCGGCUAGUCGGGGAGCCCCCGGGAACCCAGGGGAAGCGGGACUCUCGCCAGGCGGGGCUUCCCUGAGACCCGGCGCCCCGCGGGCAGCAUGCCCCUGAGGGCAGGGGGAGCUGAGCUGAACUGGCCCUCCUGGGGGCUCAGCAAGCUCUCUAGAGCCCCCCACAUGCUCCCCCACCGGGGUCCCCCGGUUGCGUGAGGACACCUCCUCUGAGGGGCUCCGCUCGCCCCUCUUCGGACCCCCCGGGGCCCCGGCUGGCCAGAGGAUGGACGAGGAGGAGGAUGGAGCGGGCGCCGAGGAGUCGGGACAGCCCCGUAGCUUCACGCAGCUCAACGACCUGUCCGGGGCCGGGGGCCGGCAGGGGCCGGGGUCGACGGAAAAGGACCCGGGCAGCGCGGACUCCGAGGCGGAGGGGCUGCCGUACCCGGCGCUAGCCCCGGUGGUUUUCUUCUACUUGAGCCAGGACAGCCGCCCGCGGAGCUGGUGUCUCCGCACGGUCUGUAACCCGUGGUUCGAGCGAGUCAGUAUGCUGGUCAUUCUUCUCAACUGUGUGACUCUGGGUAUGUUCAGGCCGUGUGAGGACAUUGCCUGUGACUCCCAGCGCUGCCGGAUCCUGCAGGCCUUCGAUGACUUCAUCUUUGCCUUCUUUGCUGUGGAAAUGGUGGUGAAGAUGGUGGCCUUGGGCAUCUUUGGGAAGAAAUGUUACCUGGGAGACACUUGGAACCGGCUUGACUUUUUCAUUGUCAUUGCAGGGAUGCUGGAGUAUUCGCUGGACCUGCAGAACGUCAGCUUCUCCGCAGUCAGGACAGUCCGUGUGCUGCGACCGCUCAGGGCCAUUAACCGGGUGCCCAGCAUGCGCAUUCUCGUCACAUUACUGCUGGACACCUUGCCCAUGCUGGGCAACGUCCUGCUGCUCUGUUUCUUCGUCUUUUUCAUCUUUGGCAUCGUGGGUGUCCAGCUGUGGGCAGGACUGCUUCGAAACCGAUGCUUCCUCCCUGAGAACUUCAGCCUCCCCCUGAGCGUGGACCUGGAGCCUUAUUACCAGACAGAGAAUGAGGACGAGAGCCCCUUCAUCUGCUCUCAGCCUCGGGAGAAUGGCAUGCGAUCCUGCAGGAGUGUGCCCACACUGCGUGGGGAAGGCGGUGGUGGCCCACCCUGCAGUCUGGACUAUGAGACCUAUAACAGUUCCAGCAACACCACCUGUGUCAACUGGAACCAGUACUAUACCAACUGCUCUGCGGGCGAGCACAACCCCUUCAAAGGCGCCAUCAACUUUGACAACAUUGGCUAUGCCUGGAUCGCCAUCUUCCAGGUCAUCACACUGGAGGGCUGGGUCGACAUCAUGUACUUCGUAAUGGACGCUCACUCCUUCUACAACUUCAUCUACUUCAUUCUUCUCAUCAUCGUGGGCUCCUUCUUCAUGAUCAACCUGUGCCUGGUGGUGAUUGCCACGCAGUUCUCCGAGACCAAACAGCGGGAGAGUCAGCUGAUGCGGGAGCAGCGUGUACGAUUCCUGUCCAAUGCUAGCACCCUGGCAAGCUUCUCUGAGCCAGGCAGCUGCUAUGAGGAGCUACUCAAGUACCUGGUGUACAUCCUCCGCAAAGCAGCCCGCAGGCUGGCCCAGGUCUCUAGGGCUAUAGGCGUGCGGGCUGGGUUGCUCAGCAGCCCAGUGGCCCGUAGUGGGCAGGAGCCCCAGCCCAGUGGCAGCUGCACUCGCUCACACCGUCGUCUGUCUGUCCACCACCUGGUCCACCACCAUCACCACCACCAUCACCACUACCACCUGGGUAAUGGGACGCUCAGAGUUCCCCGGGCCAGCCCAGAGAUCCAGGACAGGGAUGCCAAUGGGUCUCGCCGGCUCAUGCUACCACCACCCUCUACACCCACUCCCUCUGGGGGCCCUCCGAGGGGUGCGGAGUCUGUACACAGCUUCUACCAUGCUGACUGCCACUUGGAGCCAGUCCGUUGCCAGGCACCCCCUCCCAGAUGCCCAUCGGAGGCAUCUGGUAGGACUGUGGGUAGUGGGAAGGUGUACCCCACUGUGCAUACCAGCCCUCCACCAGAGAUACUGAAGGAUAAAGCACUAGUGGAGGUGGCCCCCAGCCCUGGGCCCCCCACCCUCACCAGCUUCAACAUCCCACCUGGGCCCUUCAGCUCCAUGCACAAGCUCCUGGAGACACAGAGUACGGGAGCCUGCCAUAGCUCCUGCAAAAUCUCCAGCCCUUGCUCCAAGGCAGACAGUGGAGCCUGCGGGCCGGACAGUUGUCCCUACUGUGCCCGGACAGGAGCAGGAGAGCCAGAGUCCGCUGACCAUGACAUGCCUGACUCAGACAGCGAGGCCGUGUAUGAGUUCACACAGGACGCUCAGCACAGUGACCUCCGGGAUCCCCACAGCCGGCGGCGACAGCGGAGCCUGGGCCCAGACGCAGAGCCUAGUUCUGUGCUGGCUUUCUGGAGGCUGAUCUGUGACACAUUCCGGAAGAUCGUAGAUAGCAAAUACUUUGGCCGGGGAAUCAUGAUCGCUAUCCUGGUCAAUACACUCAGCAUGGGCAUCGAGUACCACGAGCAGCCCGAGGAGCUCACCAACGCCCUGGAAAUCAGCAACAUCGUCUUCACCAGCCUCUUCGCCUUGGAGAUGCUGCUGAAACUGCUUGUCUACGGUCCCUUUGGCUACAUUAAGAAUCCCUACAACAUCUUUGAUGGUGUCAUUGUGGUCAUCAGUGUGUGGGAGAUUGUGGGCCAGCAGGGAGGUGGCCUGUCGGUGCUGCGGACCUUCCGCCUGAUGCGGGUGCUGAAGCUGGUGCGCUUCCUGCCGGCCCUGCAGCGCCAGCUCGUGGUGCUCAUGAAGACCAUGGACAACGUGGCCACCUUCUGCAUGCUCCUCAUGCUCUUCAUCUUCAUCUUCAGCAUCCUGGGCAUGCAUCUCUUUGGUUGCAAGUUCGCAUCUGAACGGGAUGGGGACACGUUGCCAGACCGGAAGAAUUUCGACUCCCUGCUCUGGGCCAUCGUCACUGUCUUUCAGAUUCUGACUCAGGAAGACUGGAAUAAAGUCCUCUACAACGGCAUGGCCUCCACAUCGUCUUGGGCUGCUCUUUACUUCAUCGCCCUCAUGACUUUUGGCAACUAUGUGCUCUUUAACCUGCUGGUGGCCAUUCUUGUGGAAGGCUUCCAGGCAGAGGAAAUCGGCAAACGGGAAGAUGCGAGUGGACAGUUAAGCUGUAUUCAGCUGCCUGUCAACUCUCAGGGGGGAGAUGCCACCAAGUCUGAGUCAGAGCCUGAUUUCUUUUCGCCCAGCGUGGAUGGUGAUGGGGACAGAAAGAAGCGCUUGGCCCUGGUGGCUUUGGGAGAACACGCGGAACUACGAAAGAGCCUUUUGCCACCCCUCAUCAUCCAUACGGCUGCGACACCAAUGUCACUACCCAAGAGCUCCAGCACAGGUGUGGGGGAAGCACUGGGCUCUGGCUCUCGCCGUACCAGUAGCAGUGGCUCCGCUGAGCCUGGAGCUGCCCACCAUGAGAUGAAAUCUCCGCCAAGUGCCCGCAGCUCCCCGCACAGUCCCUGGAGUGCGGCAAGCAGCUGGACCAGCAGGCGCUCCAGCAGGAACAGCCUGGGCCGGGCCCCCAGCCUAAAGCGGAGGAGCCCGAGCGGGGAGCGGAGGUCCCUGCUGUCUGGAGAGGGUCAGGAGAGUCAGGAUGAGGAGGAAAGUUCAGAAGAGGACCGGGCCAGCCCGGCCGGCAGUGACCAUCGCCACAGGGGUUCCUUGGAACGUGAGGCCAAGAGUUCCUUUGACCUGCCUGACACUCUGCAGGUGCCCGGGCUGCACCGCACAGCCAGCGGCCGGAGCUCUGCCUCUGAGCACCAAGACUGUAAUGGCAAGUCGGCUUCAGGGCGUUUGGCCCGCACCCUGAGGACUGAUGAGCCCCAACUGGAUGGGGAUGAUGACAAUGAUGAGGGAAAUCUGAGCAAAGGGGAACGAAUACAAGCCUGGGUCAGAUCCCGGCUUCCUGCCUGUUGCCGAGAGCGAGAUUCCUGGUCGGCCUAUAUCUUUCCUCCUCAGUCAAGGUUUCGUCUCCUGUGUCACCGGAUCAUCACCCACAAGAUGUUUGACCAUGUGGUCCUCGUCAUCAUCUUCCUCAACUGUAUCACCAUCGCUAUGGAGCGCCCCAAAAUUGACCCCCACAGCGCUCAGAGGUUCUUUCUGACCCUCUCCUCCUUCUCCCCUCUCAACUACAUCUUCACGGCAGUCUUUCUAGCUGAAAUGACAGUGAAGGUGGUGGCACUGGGCUGGUGCUUUGGGGAACAGGCCUACCUGCGCAGCAGCUGGAAUGUGCUGGACGGCUUGCUGGUGCUCAUCUCCGUCAUCGACAUCCUGGUCUCCAUGGUCUCUGACAGCGGCACCAAGAUCCUUGGCAUGCUGAGGGUGCUGCGGCUGCUGCGGACCCUGCGUCCACUCAGGGUCAUCAGCCGGGCCCAGGGACUGAAGCUGGUGGUAGAGACUCUGAUGUCAUCCCUCAAACCCAUCGGCAACAUUGUGGUCAUUUGCUGUGCCUUCUUCAUCAUUUUUGGAAUUCUCGGGGUGCAGCUCUUCAAAGGGAAGUUCUUCGUGUGUCAGGGUGAGGACACCAGGAACAUCACUAACAAAUCCGACUGUGCUGAGGCCAGCUACCGAUGGGUCCGGCACAAGUACAACUUUGACAACCUGGGCCAGGCUCUGAUGUCCCUGUUUGUGCUGGCCUCCAAGGAUGGUUGGGUUGACAUCAUGUAUGAUGGGCUGGAUGCUGUGGGUGUGGACCAGCAGCCCAUCAUGAACCACAACCCCUGGAUGCUGCUCUACUUCAUCUCCUUCCUCCUCAUCGUGGCCUUCUUUGUCCUGAACAUGUUUGUGGGCGUGGUGGUGGAGAACUUCCAUAAGUGCAGGCAGCACCAGGAGGAGGAGGAGGCGCGGCGGCGUGAGGAGAAGCGACUACGGAGGCUGGAGAAAAAGAGAAGGAAUCUAAUGUUGGACGAUGUAAUUGCUUCCGGCAGCUCAGCCAGCGCUGCGUCAGAAGCCCAGUGCAAGCCCUACUACUCUGACUACUCGCGAUUCCGGCUCCUUGUCCACCACCUGUGUACCAGCCACUACCUGGACCUCUUCAUCACUGGUGUCAUCGGGCUGAACGUGGUCACUAUGGCCAUGGAACAUUACCAGCAGCCCCAGAUCCUGGACGAGGCUCUGAAGAUCUGCAAUUACAUCUUCACCGUCAUCUUUGUCUUUGAGUCAGUUUUCAAACUUGUGGCCUUUGGCUUCCGCCGUUUCUUCCAGGACAGGUGGAACCAGCUGGACCUGGCUAUUGUGCUUCUGUCCAUCAUGGGCAUCACACUGGAGGAGAUUGAGGUCAAUGCUUCGCUGCCCAUCAACCCCACCAUCAUCCGUAUCAUGAGGGUGCUCCGCAUUGCUCGAGUUCUGAAGCUGUUGAAGAUGGCUGUGGGCAUGCGGGCACUGCUGGACACGGUGAUGCAGGCCCUGCCCCAGGUGGGGAACCUGGGACUUCUCUUCAUGUUGUUGUUUUUCAUCUUUGCAGCUCUGGGCGUGGAGCUCUUUGGAGACCUGGAGUGUGAUGAGACACACCCUUGUGAGGGCUUGGGUCGGCAUGCCACCUUUAGGAACUUUGGUAUGGCCUUUCUGACCCUCUUCCGAGUCUCCACUGGUGACAACUGGAAUGGUAUUAUGAAGGACACCCUCCGGGACUGUGACCAGGAGUCCACCUGCUACAACACUGUCAUCUCCCCUAUCUACUUCGUGUCCUUUGUGCUGACGGCCCAGUUUGUGCUGGUCAACGUGGUCAUAGCUGUGCUGAUGAAGCACCUAGAAGAAAGUAACAAAGAGGCCAAGGAGGAGGCCGAGCUCGAGGCCGAGCUGGAGCUGGAGAUGAAGACGCUCAGCCCGCAGCCCCACUCCCCGCUGGGCAGCCCCUUCCUCUGGCCCGGGGUGGAGGGUGUCAACAGUCCUGACAGCCCUAAGCCUGGGGCUCCACACACCACUGCCCACAUUGGAGCAGCCUCGGGCUUCUCCCUUGAGCACCCCACGGACAGACAGCUGUUUGACACCAUCUCCCUGCUGAUCCAGGGCUCCCUGGACGGGGAGCUGAAGCUGAUGGACGAGCUGGCAGGCCCAGGGGGCCAGCCCUCUGCCUUCCCUUCCGCCCCAAGCCCGGGCGACUCCGACCCACAGAUCCCUCUAGCUGAGAUGGAGGCUCUGUCUCUGACGUCAGAGAUUGUGUCUGAACCGUCCUGCUCUCUAGCUCUGACGGAUGACUCUUUGCCUGAUGACACUCACACACUCUUACUUAGUGCCCUGGAGAGCAAUAUGGUACCCCACCCCGAGGAGGUGCCAGUCCCCCUAGGACCAGACCUGCUGACUGUGAGGAAGUCUGGUGUCAGCCGGACGCACUCUCUGCCCAAUGACAGCUACAUGUGCCGCAAUGGGAGCACUGCUGAGAGAUCCCUAGGACACAGGGGCUGGGGGCUCCCCAAAGCCCAGUCAGGCUCCGUCUUGUCCGUUCACUCCCAACCAGCAGACACCAGCUGCAUCCUACAGCUUCCCAAAGAUGGGCACUAUCUGCUCCAGCCUCAUGGGGCCCCCACCUGGGGCACCAUCCCUAAACUACCCCCACCUGGCCGCUCCCCUCUGGCUCAGAGGCCUCUCAGGCGCCAGGCAGCAAUAAGGACUGACUCCCUGGAUGUGCAGGGCCUGGGUAGCCGGGAAGACCUGUUGUCAGAGGUGAGUGGGCCCUCCUGCCCUCUGACCCGGUCCUCAUCCUUCUGGGGCGGGUCGAGCAUCCAGGUGCAGCAGCGUUCCGGCAUCCAGAGCAAAGUCUCCAAGCACAUCCGCCUGCCAGCCCCUUGCCCAGGCCUGGAACCCAGCUGGGCCAAGGACCCUCCAGAGACCAGAAGCAGCUUAGAGCUGGACACGGAGCUGAGCUGGAUUUCAGGAGACCUCCUUCCCAGCAGCCAGGAAGAACCCCUGUCCCCACGGGACCUGAAGAAGUGCUACAGUGUAGAGACCCAGAGCUGCAGGCGCAGGCCUGGGUCCUGGCUAGAUGAACAGCGGAGACACUCCAUUGCUGUCAGUUGUCUGGACAGCGGCUCCCAACCCCGCCUAUGUCCAAGCCCCUCAAGCCUCGGGGGCCAACCUCUUGGGGGUCCUGGGAGCCGGCCUAAGAAAAAACUCAGUCCACCCAGUAUCUCUAUAGACCCCCCGGAGAGCCAGGGCCCUCGGCCCCCAUGCAGUCCUGGUGUCUGCCUCAGGAGGAGGGCGCCGGCCAGUGACUCUAAGGAUCCCUCGGUCUCCAGCCCCCUUGACAGCACGGCUGCCUCACCCUCCCCAAAGAAAGACACGCUGAGUCUCUCUGGUUUGUCUUCUGACCCAACAGACAUGGACCCCUGAGUCCUACCCACUCUCCCCCAUCACCUUUCUCCACCGGGUGCAGAUCCUAGCUCCGCCUCCUGGGCAGCGUUUCUGAAAAGUCCCACGCAAGCAGCAAGCAGCCACGAGGCACCUCACCUGCCUUCUUCAGUGGCUGGUGGGGAUGACGAGCAGAACUUCCGGAGAGUCGAUCUGAAGAGAACACAGCCCUGGAGCCCCUGCCUCCGGGAAGAAGGAAAAGGAGAAAGCCCAGUGUGGCCAAGGCUCCCGACACCAGGAGCUGUUGGGAGAAAGCAAUACGUUUGUGCAGAAUCUCUAUGUAUAUUCUAUUUUAUUAAAUUAAUUGAAUCUAGUAUAUGCUGGAUGUACGACAUUUUGUGACUGAAGAGACUUGGUUCCUUCUACUUUUAUGUGUCUCAGAAUAUUUUUGAGGCGAAAGCGUCUGUCUCUUGGCUAUUUUAACCUAAAAUAACCAGUCUAGUUAUAUUCCCUCUUCUUGUAAAGCACAAGCUGGGACCGUGAGUGUAUUACAACCCAACGGCGGCCCAUCUUCAGCGGGAAGCAAGAACCAUUUUGGAAACUGUCAUGUAACUUACUUUCUCCUUUAACCUCGUCAUCGUUUUCUGUAGGGGGAAAAAAAAAACAGAGAAAAAGAGAAAAAAAAUGAGAUUUUACAAAUGAAAUGGAACCUUUUUAUAUAUACAUACAUACAUAUCUAUAUAUCUAUAUAUCUAUAUAAAAUAAAGUAAUUUUCCAAAAUAAAAA